AUGCCAUCUCAGAAGUAAGACCCGCCAAGUCUUGCUCUCAGGCAAGCAAAGGAAGGAAAGCAUGCAUGUGAACAAAGAGACAAGUUACAGAUAUAGGGCAGUGAGAUGCUGGUGCGUUUUUUAUCCUAUUUAAAGGCUGCUUUUCUUCCAUUUCUCUCAGCUAAAACUUUUUGGCAAGGCCUGUGUGCACAAUUCCAAGCACGUCCGCAUUUCUGUCUCAGCGACAUCUACGCUGGCUUGGUCUUGUGCACAGAACGGAAGAUGGCAGGAUCCCCAAGGGCGUCUGGCUUUAGGGCACUGGCAGGCCAAAGAUGUCAGCAAACAUGACAGGAAGGCUAGCAACAUCAACCCCACCAGUGGGAAUAAUCCCAUCGCCUGGAGAAGGCUAUGUCAGGUCGUGUAUCCACAGCAGUAACCAGACGAGGGAUGACUGCUAGGAGGAGUGAAGAAAGAAGAAACGCCAUGGUGCAUCUGCAGCAGCACAAGCAGAUGCCUUCAUCUGCGACAAAACACGUCUCUCCUGUCUCGGUAUCUGCAGCCACAGCAGGCGCUGUAAUUCCAACAGUUUGACUUAACUCCUGAAGGCGCACUCUUCCACAUUCUCCCAGACAGAUGCCUACAUCAUCAGUGCUAGAGUGCCGAGUGCAGAAUUAGCGCUGAGGACAUCAAGGUUAGCUUGCCUUGCUAGGGGCCACAGAAACUGUGAGAAACUGAUUGCAAUCCUUAUUUAGCAGCAACCACUUGACCUUCCCAGACCCAAGGGAGAGAAUAAAAGCUCUUUCAACAGGCUAUUUGGGCAGACAAGCCAAAGCUGUGGAUAUUUUCAAUGGGAAAGGAGAACUGAAGCUGGCACAUUUAAGUGGGCCCUCUUUUUAUUUAUAGAUAUUUUAAAAGAAUCUCUUUGUAUGACCAACUUUCUGCUGAUCAGACAGCUUAUGUAAUGUCCCAAAUAUUCAUGAGAUUCAAUGAACAGUGUUGCAUCACUGCCUCUGCGGAGGGAUAAUUUGGCGAUGUCAAGCAUUUUAGAGCAAAAUGGAGUCAUCACUGAGAAGUACAUUCUCAACCCAUCUGGGAGAAUGAUUAUAAGACAAUAAAACAAAUCCUUUUAGUUUUCUGUAGAAGGGUUACCGCAAAUGCAUUAAAAAUGCCUGUGAAGUCUGACCACUAGAGUUCAGGAGUUGGCAUAGUGCACUAGCGAAGCCCUGUAAGUCACAAAACAAUCAGGCUUACAGUUGAACUAAAUACAAAUAGAAUACAACAGUAAGUAGAAGCUAACAUUCGCAGAUGGAUUGUACUCCUUCUACAGUAGUUUCAGUGCAGGUACUACAAACCAGUUUAUCACAUUCUCUCCCUUCUGUCUUAGGUUGAAACGGCUACACAGCAGGUGGUGCAAAGUCCAUCCCAUGAUCUCCAAGAAGGAACCAGAAAUAAGAGUAAUCUAUCAGGCCCAAUGACCAGGGGACGGACAUGACUGAUCCAGAUACUUCAGGUGAGGAAAUUUCUUCUGAGUGGAAAUUAUUGUGUGGCCAGUGAGAAUCUCACUAAUUGGGUAAGGAGGCAGGUAUUCCUUUGGAAGGGAAAUGGUAAUUAUUUUGCUUUCCUUCUGACCUUUCUCAUUGUUUCAACAACAGGGUUUGACCCUACGAAAAUCAUUUACCCACCGAAAAAAUGGAAAAACAAAUGA